AUGGAGCAUCAGAUUCUGGGUAUUUCCUUGAUUUUAUCUCUCAACAUUUUGAUCCCGUGUCAAGGGAAUUUGACGGCAAUCGACUGGAGCCUAUUUGACGUGCCUGAGGAGGAUGCCCAGUUUCUCAUCAAUAUCCAGGCUCUAUAUAAUGAGUUGUUCAUCUCACGGGAAUAUCGCAACGAUCUGUCGCCGGUUUUUGGGACCUCCAAACAGAAUCGCUCACAUGACCCGGUGCCGAAAUACAACGUGCUCGUUUUGCUACAGUAUAUCCAGCUGCUAGGCAUCGAUGCGCAAUCUCAACUGGCGAGUUCGUCGAUAGAAAUUGAAUAUAAAUUCUUUGACCCGCGAUUGGUCUGGAAUAUCUCUGACUAUGGUGGCGUUGAGUCGAUCAACAUCCGAGCCAACAACCUCUGGCAACCAUCAAAUGGCAUGUCAAACGCAAAAACGCUCCAAGUCGUCUACCCCGAUAUCUUUAAUACGGGAAUGAUAUAUGCAAAUGGGACAGUGGUGACCAGCUUUCAAUAUUACGUGGAAUCGCGAUGCGUUAUUGACGUCCGCGAAUUCCCGUUCGAUGAACAAAUUUGCACCCUCGACUUUUUCAACAACGCUUACGACUAUGAUUACGUCAAGCAGACUGGCGGGCUCUUCACGAAGUACGACGAAGCUACUAUUUUUGACAAUGGUGAAUGGACUUUUGUCAACAUCUCCAUGCUUUACUCGAUCACCAACGUAAAUUUGCCAAAAUAUGAUUUUGAGGAGCAGCUUUCAAAACUGAGUAUCGGGCUUACAAGUAUGAUGUCGAUGACGAUAUUUGUGGAAAUGCUAUCAAACGAAAUUCCAAGGAAUACUACUUUUCCGCUUUUAGGCUGGUUCGUGAUCAUCGAUGUAAUAUUAGUGUCAAUAGCAUGCGUCGUACUCGUCACCCUACCUUUCGAAAAACAGCAAUCAACGAAAAACUUGGAAUCUGGAGGUUUACGAAACUGGCUGGUGUUCCUUCGGGACUGGUACUUUUCCCGGCACUUCUUCAUCUUCUUCGCUUUCCAACUGGCGAAUGUCGUCAAUUUUAUCGUGUUUAUGUCGUAUUGCUUCUGUUUUAUUCAUUGCAAAGCGAAUUUGACGUCAAUAGACUGGAGCUUGGUCGACGUGACUGAAGUGAACGGAGAGUUUAUACUGAACGUCCAAAAGUUGCACAAGGAAUUAUUUAUUGCCCGUGAUUACCGUAGUGAGCUGUCGCCCGUGUUCUCCGCAUCCAAACGGAAUGGCUCAGCUAAUCCGGUGCCAAAAUAUAAUGUGCUCGUGCUGCUACAGUAUAUACAGUUGCUAGGCGUCGAUGCCCAAUCCCAACUCGCCAGCUCUACUUUGGAAAUUGAAUAUAAAUACUUUGACCCGAGACUAGUCUGGAAUACCUCGGAUUACGGUGACGUCGAGUCGAUCAAUAUCCGUGCCAAUUUCCUCUGGCAACCAUCAAACGGCAUUUCGAACGCAAAAACGUUCGAAGUCGUUUACCCAGAUUCGUUUAAUACUGGAAUGAUAUAUGCAAAUGGGACGGUGGUGACGAGUUUUCAAUAUUACGUGGAGUCGCGCUGCGUCAUUGAUGUCCGCGACUUCCCGUUCGACGAGCAAAUCUGCACACUCGAUUUCUUUAACAACGCCUACAAUCUGGACUACGUCCGCCAAACCGGUGCUCUAUUCACGAAAUAUGAUGAGGCCGUGAUUUUUGACAAUGGCGAGUGGACUUUCACUAAUUUCUCUAUCCUCUACUCGGUCCCAAACGUCAGGCUCCCAAAAUAUGAUUUUGUAGAAACGCAAGGCGAGUUUGUGAAAAACGCUGAGAAAUUGUAUACCGAGCUCUUUACCACGCGGAAUUACCGCAACGAUUUAUCGCCGGUGUUCGGUGCUCCAGAGCUGAAUUUAACAGACAAUCCGGUACCAAAAUUUGAUGUUCUUAUUUCGCUACAAUAUGUUCAACUGCUCGAGAUUAACGCCCAAUCGCAAAUCAUCAGCACAACGAUGGAAAUUGAAUAUAUGUACACGGAUCCUCGUCUAGUGUGGAAUACCUCAGAUUUUGGUGGUGUCAGCUCGAUCAACGUCCGUAGCAGCAAUCUAUGGCAACCUUCGAAUGGUAUUUUGAACGCAAAAACGAUGCAAGUGGUCUAUCAGGAUACCUUUAACACGGGCAUGAUCUAUGCAAAUGGGUCGGUGAUAACGAGCUAUGAAUAUUAUGUCGAAUCGAGCUGUGUGAUCGAUGUCCGCAUCUUCCCAUUCGACGAACAAAUGUGCCCACUGGAUUUUUGGAACAAUGCCUAUAAUUUUAAUUUCGUCCGCCAGACCGGUGCCCUUUUCACGAAAUACGAUCAGGGAACAACUUAUGACAACGGCGAGUGGGCUUUUACCAAUGUUACGGUCACCUAUAUGAUCACCAACCAUAAUUUGCCCAAGUUCGAUCUCCUGAGCAUCGGGUUGACAAGUAUGAUGUCGAUGACGAUAUUCGUGCAGAUGUUAUCUGAUGAGAUUCCGAGGAAUGCAACGUUUCCGCUUCUCGGCUGGUUCGUGAUCAUCGAUGUGAUAUUGGUGUCAAUAGCAUGCGUCGUACUCGUUACGAGCUGGCUAAUAUUCCUCCAAAACUGGAUCUUCUCGCGCCAUUUCUUCAUCUUCUUUGCUUUUCAACUGGCGGGUCUCGUCAAUUUCAUCGUAUUCAUGUCGUACUGGACG